AUGUCAUCAAAAGAGGAAGAGCUUUCGCCUGGAGAACGACAAAAACGAUUGCAGGAAGAGCAUUAUGCCAAACAAGUGGCGGUCCGAGACGCGCAACUAGCCAAGUUACAACAACAAGCCGAGCAAGCCGCACAGCGCAGUUAUGGCAUUCCCCAUACCGCCGGCUUAUUAGCUUACCCUCCUCUUCUCGACCCGACGAACCUCCAGCACCACGGACAGAUGUCACCAGAGGGGAAUAAGAGCAAUGAGCUCUCGCUGGAAGAACAACAAAGAAGGCGGCAGCUGGUCCGUGCGAUACGUCCUGAGUCGUUGUCGCCAGAGCAAUUAGAACAAGCCAAGAUGCGACAACUGGCAGCACAACGGGGGCGGCAGAUAGCUGGGAUGGGAUACCAGCAGAUGGGCGACGGCAUUACCAACACGUGUCCCAGUGACGUGGAGAUUCGCGUGGGACUAGAGGCCGAUGUACCAGAUUUUGUCAAUUUUCGGUCUGCCUGCCGAGAGGGUGACUUAUCUACCGUCAAGUCCAUCGUUUCUUCUCAAGCUCGUUCGCAACUCUAUCUUUAUAAAGGAUUAGACGGCGCCCUUAGAAAUGGCAAAGUCGACGUUUCACGUUUUCUUCUACAGUCUGGAGCACCGAUAACGCGAGCAACGCCAGCAGUCGUUCUCAAAGCCCCAGCGGACAAACAGGUUGCCUUAUUCCAGGUCCUCAUGGAUCAUGGCUGGACAGUCAAUAAUCCAGAGAGUCUCCUCCCAGAAAUCUUUCGGAGUAAUAACGAGUCAUUAUUUGAUUGGUUUCUGAAACAAGGCGCAGAUCCCAACGUUGCCGGCCCCCAGAAUGAUACAGGACAGACUCUCAGGCUGGCAGCCACACAAGGUACUGUUCAGGCGGUGCAGAAGCUUCUGGAUGCUGGAGCGAAUAUGGCCAGUUCGGGGCUAUAUUGGGCUGCAGGCGCCUGUCCUGAAGGCUCAGUUCCCAACAUCAGACGUAUUGAACCAAGCGUGGACUUCGACAAGUCAAGGAUUCCCGUCAUGGAACUGUUACUGGAGAAAGGGGGUGAUAUCAAUCACCGACUGGAAACGCGCCAUAUGGAAGAGCUGUAUCCAAUUGUAAAUGCGGUCAAGGCGGGCGCUGUUGGGAGGGUCAAGUGGCUGUUGAGCAAGGGGGCGGAUCCUGACUUCAAGGGUUCGUGGGGUAGUGCCAGAGACUGUGCUAAGCGUGACUCGAGCGAUGAGAUGAAACGGGUGUUGGGAGUCGAGUAG